AUGAACAUCGCGCUGCAGGAGCUGGGCGGCGGCGGUAAUAUGGUGGAGUACCGACGGGCCACGCUGCGGGAAGAGGACGCGCCCGAGACCCCCGUGGAGGGCGGAGCCUCCCUGGACUCAGUGGAGGUGGGAUUCCAGAAGAGGACGGGACACCUCUUAGGCUUGCACACCCAGCUGGAGCUGGUCUUGGCAGGGGUCUCGCUACUGCUGGCUGCGCUGCUUGUGGGCUGCUUUGUGGCCCUGGGGGUCCAGUACUACCGAGACCCUUCCCACAGCACCUGCCUCACAGAGGCCUGCAUUCGAGUGGCCGGGAAAAUCCUGGAGACCCUGGACCGCGGGGUGAGCCCCUGUGAGGACUUUUACCAAUUCUCCUGCGGAGGCUGGAUCCGGAGGAACCCCCUGCCUGACGGGCGUUCUCGCUGGAACACGUUCAAUAGCCUCUGGGACCAGAACCAAGCCAUCCUGAAGCACCUGCUUGAAAACGCCACCUUCAAUUCCAGCAGCGAAGCCGAGCGGAAGACACAGCGCUUCUACCUGUCCUGCCUCCAGGUGGAGCGCAUUGAGGAGCUGGGAGCCCAGCCGCUGCGGGACCUCAUCGAAAAAAUUGGCGGUUGGAAUAUUACGGGGCCCUGGGACCAAGACAACUUCAUGGAGGUGCUGAAGGCAGUAGCGGGGACCUACAGGGCCUCCCCCUUCUUCACCGUCUACAUCAGUGCUGACUCUAAGAGUUCCAACAGCAAUGUUAUACAGGUGGACCAGUCUGGGCUCUUUCUCCCUUCUCGAGAUUACUACCUAAACAGGACCGCCAAUGAGAAAGUGCUCACCGCCUACCUGGACUACAUGGAAGAGCUGGGGCUGCUGCUGGGCGGACAGCCAGCCUCCACCCGGGAGCAGAUGCGGCAGGUGCUGGAGCUGGAGAUACAGCUGGCCAACAUCACGGUGCCCCAGGACCAGCGCCGGGACGAGGAGAAGAUCUAUCGCAAGAUGAGCAUCGCCGAGCUGCAGGUCCUGGCGCCCUCCCUGGACUGGCUGGAGUACCUGUCUUUCUUGCUGUCACCGCUGGAGCUGAGUGACUCUGAGCCUGUGGUGGUGUAUGGGACGGAUUAUUUGCAUCAGGUGUCAGAGCUCAUCAACCGCACGGAGCCAAGCACCCUGAACAAUUACCUGAUCUGGAACCUGGUGCAGAAGACAAGCUCGAGCCUGGACCGACGCUUUGAGGCUGCACAAGAGAAGCUGCUGCAGACCCUCUAUGGCACCAAAAAGUCCUGCAUACCAAGGUGGCAGACCUGCAUCUCCAGCACGGACGAUGCCCUUGGCUUCGCGUUGGGCUCCCUCUUUGUGAAGGCCUCAUUUGACCGGCAAAGCAAGGAAUUCGCGGAGGGGAUGAUUAGCGAGAUCCGAGACGCCUUUGAGGAGGCCCUGGGACAGCUGGUUUGGAUGGAUGAGAAGACCCGCCAGGCAGCCAAAGAGAAAGCAGAUGCCAUCUACGAUAUGAUCGGCUUCCCCGACUUCAUUCUGGAGCCUAAAGAGCUGGAUGAUGUGUAUGAUGGGUAUGAAGUCUCUGAAGAUUCCUUCUUCCAGAACAUGUUGAAUUUGUAUAACUUCACUGCCAAAGUGAUGGCUGACCAGCUCCGAAAGCCUCCCGCCCGGGAACAGUGGAGCAUGACCCCCCAGACAGUGAAUGCCUACUACCUUCCAACCAAGAAUGAAAUUGUCUUCCCUGCUGGCAUCCUGCAGGCCCCCUUCUACGCCCGCAACCACCCCAAGGCCCUGAACUUCGGUGGCAUUGGUGUGGUGAUGGGCCACGAGUUGACGCACGCCUUUGAUGACCAAGGGCGUGAGUAUGACAAGGAAGGGAACCUGCGGCCGUGGUGGCAGAAUGAGUCACUGGCAGCCUUCCAGAACCACACGGCCUGCAUGGAGGAGCAGUACAGCCAGUACCGCGUCAACGGUGAGAAGCUCAACGGCCGCCAGACGCUGGGGGAGAACAUUGCUGACAACGGAGGGCUUAAGGCUGCCUACAAUGCCUACAAGGCAUGGCUGAGAAGGCAUGGGGAGGAGAAGCAGCUGCCAGCCGUGGGACUCACCAACCACCAGCUCUUCUUUGUGGGAUUUGCCCAGGUGUGGUGCUCGGUCCGCACACCCGAGAGCUCUCACGAGGGGCUGGUGACCGACCCCCACAGCCCUGCCCGCUUCCGUGUGCUGGGCACUCUCUCCAACUCCCGUGACUUCCUGCGGCACUUCGGCUGCCCUGUCGGCUCCCCCAUGAACCCGGGGCAGCUGUGUGAAGUGUGGUAG